GGGAUCGAUCAAACAAUUGAAUCAUGAUUGGAAAAUAAGGUAUAGACAUAUUAAGACUUCAAGCAUUGGUUUUGUUUGAAAACAUUUCUCACAAUUAAAAACGUCAACAAUGUCGCAAAUCGAUAAAAUUACGCCGGAAGAGUUGCUGAGACUUCGCGCUGAUUGUUUGGAGCGUCUACACGAGUCAAAACUCUAUGAAUUGCGUAAUGAUGCUAAGUUACGUGCUGUGAAUACGACUCAAACGUAUGACGAAUUCAGGGAUAUUGUGGAUGCGGCACAUUUGCAGCCGAUAAGCAGGCAGGAUAAAAUGAAUGCGAAGACGAAGAAUCGCCUGUGGAAUUCAGCAGCGCGCGAAGAAUAAUUGGAAUGAAAGCUAACAUACACCCAGGGUCGUGCUCA